GCAGGUGGCGCACGUGGUCUGUUGUUUACUUCUUCCAGGAACGUUUCGCUCCAGCUGGAGAGGAGCAGGGGCGCUGAAAUUGUGAAACAGGUUUCCCGAGUAGGGCUACUCCACAUUUAGGAGAAAAUAGACUGAGCAUAGAGGCCGGAAGGAAAUCAGAUUGAAACCUUUUCCUCCUCCGAAGCAGUUUAAACCCCUAAAGAGAGCAGGAAAUUAUAAACUAGAAUGCUUCAGUUUGGAAACCUCCUCGCCCAUUUUCAUCUUCCCCACAAAGCUUACGAAAGGGCUCAAAAACAAAGUUUAAAGCAGCUUCCAACCCUGCCUGACUUUUUACAACAUGUCGUGAAACUCACCGGGCUGAAGAAGGAAGAUGUUUACUGCAAUCUUCGUGUCCCUGACCAGCUUCAAACAGCCAAAGAUGACAUCAACAUGGUUGUCCUGACAGGUCAUGGGAUCUACUGCAUGGAUGUAAAGCCCUGGAGUGGGACAGUGUGUGCUCACAACCAAAACUGGCAUGUGGAAGUGAAAGAAGAAGACCAGAACUUUACCAAUACUCGCAUUGAGCAGGUUGAAGAUCCCCUCAAAGCUGUCAUGCGCAAAACAGCUCAAUUAUGCAGCCAUUUGAAGAGGAGCGGAGUGCCUAUACGCAGCAGUCUCUUCUUCCCCAGGGUCAUGUUUCUCUCCCCCGACUGCAAGCUGGAUGAGGAGCUGAUGAAGAGAAGGGAGCUGGUGCCUUACGCCCAGACAGAUGAGUUCCUCAAAUCUUUCAGAGAAGGUUAUAUGGGCUGGAUUUCCGAUGCUUUGACUCCCUCCUGGAUCUCAGGUCAUCUGUCAUACAGGCAAAUGGAGUCAGUGCGAGGCAUCCUCAGGAAGAUGGGAACAUGGGAUGUGGUGCUUCUGCAUGGUGGUGAGCAGCUGAAAGGAGACUAUCGGGGCUGCCAGUACAUCGCGCUCAACCGCCAGGAUACUGAAAUGUUAGAGUUUUCAAGAGUCAAUAUCCUGUCUGCUGAGUCAUUGUGGGCUCUGCUCGGUCACGUUCCUCAGGUAAAAGUUAAAAUGUACAAACGAGGCCCUCACGGCUGGCUGGGUACAUCCCUAAACGCCACCGCCACCAUCCCUUCCAACACCUUUGUGAUCUUCAGAGUCAGUGGCGAGGAAGCUGAUGCCAAAAUCCCAGCCAACAUUAUUCACAGCAUCACACUUAGCAUAUGACAGUGGAGACGAUUAAAGGAUUAAUGGAAGUAUUCUGAAUGAAUAAUGUGCAUAUGCAAAAAAUAACAGGUUUUUAUGAAUGACUGUUUAUACAGAUGUGACACUUUGUUGUGUGUAACUAACAUAUUCCAAGUGUCUUUGUGUGAAUGUGCUUUGAAAAAGAUCCAAUUUUCUAUUUUUUCUGCUUAAUUCUGACAGUGAGCAUGAUGUUAAUGAGAUUUUUGACAAUUAGUCUGAUUAACUUUGUCAUGAUUUGAAUUUCCAGUGCCGGCCCCCACUUUGCGGGAGCUGUUAAUUAAUCAUUAUGCCUGCUGACUGGGUCACAUCAGUCUAAACCACGAGUGUUUAAUGUGCUAAUCGUGGCAGGUAGAAUGGGUGGCCUCUUGCUCGAUGAGGACCGAGGUUGUGAAUGCUUUCAGUGGGCUUUACAGAAGGUUAUUUACAGACUGUUAAGAGAAAGUAAAUGUUUUUAUAUUUGUUAAUGUGCUUCACUGCUCAGUGAUUUUGAGAUAUUCAGAGGUGCAUGGGCUAAGUCCCCAACACCGCAGUUUUAUAUUGCAGGCAUGGGAGUGGGCAAAAUGAUGUUAUGUCAUCAAGAUAUGGGGGCCUUUAGCUAGUACAGUUAAAUGUGCUCUCUGUGGUGAUGUGAUCCCCUUGCAUUUUUGCCUGAACCAUCAUUAUACUUGUGCAGAUUUUUGAAUGUUUUAUCUGAAGGACAGUUUGGAAAGCUACGUCACUGGUUUGCAUUGUUUCAGACUAGGCAUUGGCUAGAUGCAAGUAUUAAGGUAUAUCAAAAUUUUAAAUAGUUACAGUUUCUAAAAUAUUUCCUCAUAUCGUUCCUGUGGUUUAAAGUCCUUUUAAUGAGAUGACAGAGAAAGUAAUGAAGUGACCGAAGUUUUGAGUACUGCAUAGGAUGUUGCAGUGCAGUCCCUCCCUCAGGUUGCUGCAUCCUGCCAGUCAGCUGGCUGAAACAUGCAACGCUUAACCAUAGCUUUCAAGAAUUACAAUUUAAUUUCAAUAUUUAAAGGAGUGCCAACCACAAAUCUUAUUAAGCUCAUUUUGUUUAUAUAUUUAUACAGUUAAGAACAAAAUAUGCUUUUAUUAUGUUUCUUUUGACUGGAAUUAAUGUUCUGGAGUGACCCAUCCAGCCAAGCUCCCAACCUGAAUCCCAUAGAGAACCUGUGGGGGGAGCUAAAACUUAGAAUGAUUGCUGGGAAGCUCUGGAACCUCUUGGCAUAAGAUGAAUGGUCAAACAUACCAGUAAAAACAUGCAAAAAUCUUGUCGGCAAGGACUAAAUAAAACGUGUUGAACUUGUAACAAAAUAUUUUGCCAAAUGCACGAAAUGCUAAUGCUAUGCCAAAUGCAAAGCAACUAAAUCAUGUUUUGUUUUGUUGACUUAUUUAUUUAUUUUAGUUUAGUUUAGAGUUUUCUGUCAUAAAAGUCAGAAAACCUUUAAAGAUUAAUAUACUGCCAGAAUCUCACACCGGUUCAUGCCCAACUCAGGCACAAUUUUAAGAGAUGUCGGUGUGACUUGACCUCAAAAGCAGUUUGAUCAAUUUCUUGUAUACCAAAAGUUAAAACCAUGUAGGAUCCAAGAGUUGUUUUAUACACACUAUUUCCUGAAACAUGUUUACAGAGAUGGGUAAAAUAAUAGAAAAUAAAGAAGUCUAAAAACACAUGACAUAUUUUAAUUUAAUUAUGCCUUUUAUAUGAAUUCUUUUCAGUUGUUUUUUCAGACUUCAAGCACUUUCAGGAUAAAGUUAUCAGAGGAAGCAUGUAUUGUUACCAUGUUCUUCAUUUGAUUGGUUUAAGCUGUAUUAUUUGUAUCAUUCAUGUUUUCAGUUUGUGGUGUAAUAAAGCCUUUUGAAUGUUUAGCAGUGCUGGAUUACGCUUUUUUUUUUGAGUCCAUGUGGCUGCCACAAAGCUUAUUUCUGGUGCACUGAUGUUUGAAAAUGUUUCACUCAGUUUAGAGCUCUAUAUGUCGCACAAAAAUUUAACAUUUCGCCAGUCGAACUUCAGAUAUGUUGCCCUUAGGCCUUUCUUCAGGGAAUUAAAGUGAAAUACAAUACUUUUGAAAGACAUUAGUAAGUAAAAAUGAGAAGUUAUCUAACUCCUGCUUCCUGAAGUUAUAACUACCUAAAUCUUUAGGUAAUGACUGCAUGAAGUCUGAAACUCAAAAUAUUAAAAAAGGGAUGCAGUAAAGCAGCUCUUUUGGCUUUACAGUCAGAUUUGUAUAAAUAAAACAGUGCAAUAGAUUUUGAGGUUUUUCAACAAUGCCUGUUUUUAAUUUUUGCAAAACAAAUGAAAAUACUUACAUUAAUUUGCUUUGUAAUUCAGUGCAAAUAAUAGUUUUUUUUUGUAAGAUGUGACUUGUCUGUCAUCUUUGUUUAAUAAAUAGUGGCAAAGUGA